UGAACCGGGGUGUGUCUAGGAAUCAGAAGCCACAGUCCCGCCGUCCUCUUUGGAGCAUCAACUUCCACUGCUCUUCGGUGGUGCUGAGAUGGUUGGGUUCCUGCUACUGCUCUCUCUUCCCUUAGUCCUGUACUUGGUCACGCCAAAAAUCAGGAAAUUGCUGUCCAGUGGUGUGUGCACAUCUAAUGUCCAGCUUCCCGGGAAGGUAGCCAUAGUCACCGGUGCUAACACAGGCAUUGGGAAGGAGACAGCUAAAGACCUGGCCCAGAGAGGAGCCCGUGUGUAUUUAGCUUGCCGGGAUGUGAAAAAGGGGGAACUGGUGGCUAGUGAGAUCCAAGCCAUCACAGGGAACAGUCAGGUCCUUGUACGGAAACUGGACCUCGCUGAUACCAAGUCUAUUCGAGCCUUUGCCAAAGACUUCUUAGCUGAGGAAAAGUAUCUGCACAUUCUAAUCAACAAUGCAGGCGUGAUGAUGUGUCCCUACUCGAAGACCGCAGACGGCUUUGAGAUGCACUUUGGAGUCAACCACCUGGGUCACUUCCUCUUGACCCAUUUGCUGCUAGAAAAGCUGAAGGAAUCAGCCCCGUCAAGGGUGGUCAACGUGUCUUCUUUGGCACACCAUCUGGGAAGGAUUCACUUCCAUAACCUGCAGGGCGAGAAGUACUACAGUGCAGGCCUCGCUUACUGCCACAGCAAACUGGCCAACAUUCUCUUCACUAAGGAGCUGGCCAGGAGGCUGAAAGGCUCUAGAGUGACAACAUAUUCUGUCCACCCUGGCACAGUCCACUCUGAAUUGAUUCGGCACUCGUCCUUUAUGAGAUGGAUUUGGCAGCUGUUCUUCUUUUUCAUCAAGACCCCUCAACAGGGAGCGCAGACGAGCCUGUACUGUGCCCUAACAGAAGGUCUCGAGGGCUUAAGUGGCAGUCAUUUCAGUGAUUGCCAAUUGGCAUGGGUCUCUAGCCAAGGUCGAAAUGAGACAAUAGCCAGGCGGCUGUGGGAUGUCAGCUGUGACCUGCUGGGCCUCCCAAUGGAUUGGUAAGUGGUGGUUUGGACUCAAAAGAAGAUCGGAGGAGAUGAUGAUUGUCCUUCAAAAUGGCCAAAACCUUUAACAAGAAGAGUGCAGAACCUCAAGCCUUGCCUGCUUGGCAUCCAGUUAAAUUCCAGCACACUGCCAGGUUCCUCUAAACCCCUUGAGUUUGUAUGACUUAUUUUGUUCCUGCUCCUGCCAGCGUUUCUAGUGGUAUCACUGACUAAGACAGAAGACCUUCGUGUGACCUACACAGCUCCUAUUUUCCUUUGGAAGCUGCUCCUCACCAGGAGCACAGAAGCCCUGUGAAUGUGGCAAUGUGGAUUAGAUGGAGCUCCGCCCAGGCAACCAUCCUUUCCUUGAAGAACUCCAUUGUAACGGCAGCCCAACCUCAGGAGUCCAGUGACCUGGCUCCAGAGCAGGUCUUUGUGGUCCCAACAUCUGGAUACUUAAGAAAAGUUCUCACUAAAUCUGGCACUGUGAACUUUUUGCUAUUGAGACACUUUUCUAUGUCCAGACCACAGAAGAGCUUCCUUCUCUAAGAAGAUUGUGGUAUUUGAAGGGCAGAGAUAAAAAAUAAAGCUAAACUGUCAUCUU